GUGUCGCUAACGCACCUCUAAGUUGGUUUGCCAACCGCCAAUAAACACCAACGAAGAAGAAGAUAAACCUCCAAUGAAAAAGAAGAAGAAGAAAGUUUGUGAUGCUACAUGAUGCUAAAGCUAGCUAGUGGCUAACCACAACAACAAGCAUUUAUAGAAAGAAAAGAAAAGCUCGGGGUUUUGCGUUAUAAAUGCCGAUUUUAAGUUCUGUGCGAGUUAGUAAGUGUUUGUGGAAACACGUCGUCUCAACUGGAACACAAAUAACGUUUUGCAAGCUGACUGAUGUUAGCAUUAGCAUUAGCAUUAGCAUUAGCUCGCCUCCAUGUCAGUUGACCUGCAGCAGCACGUGGAGAUGUUUACAUCGAGCCAAACAGCAGAACAACAAAGAGAGCUGGCCAAAAGACUCACCACGUUCCUGUCUCAGUACAGCCACGUCUCCGACUCCUAUAUAAUUGAGUUCUUCACUGAAGAUCUCUGGCACACUUUACCCAUCAGCUGGCAGCCUGUGCUGCAGGACCUGUCAUAUCCACAGAUUGCAGACCUAUUACUGGAUGCUACACAUGGAGACAGGAGAUAUCCUUCGGUGUGGCCUCUGUCCCUGUUGGCGUUCCGUGCCACCGCUCACGCUCUGGCGUUUCCCAGAGAGUGCAGGAGGGAGCGAGGCAGGGCAGCCGGCUCGGUGAAGCCUGAGGAGUUCCUGGACAACCAAAGUCAGAGCUCUCUGCUGGGACACAUAUUCAGGAAACACGUCAAACCCAAGAAACAGCACGAGAUCCGUAAACUGGGCUCGCUGGUAAAACAACUUUGUGACCAGACGGACUGCGACAGUGUGGUGGAUGUGGGCUCUGGACAGGGUCAUCUCACUCGCUUCCUGUCCUUCGGGCUCGGACUGUCUGUGACCGCAAUUGAGGCUGAUCACACCCUGGUUGCUAUGGCGUCCAAGUUUGACGGACAGUUACUGUGGGCCUUGGAGAAGGAAAAGCAGAAAAAGAACUGCGCCUCUCUGGUCCCAGUAUCACUGUCCUCUCCCCGCCAUGUGGCCGGUUGGGUAAACCCCAAGGCAUCAUGGGAGGCCUUCAUCAAGCAGCUGCAGAGUGCUGCAGAUUGUGUCCACAAAGGUGCCCCAACUCCAUCCGGACCCUGCAAAAAGAGACUGCGGGGCUCCGAGCAUGUUGAACAUCCCUCUUCUCAUGUGGUUCAGGCUUCAUCAUGUCGUGGUUCCACAGACUCUGAUAGUCGCUCACUGGACUCUGAAUCGACAUCACGACACCAGUUAAGCAAGAAACACAGCAAGAGCGAGUCUGAGGAGGAAUCAUCUGCUGAAAACUGCUGCUCAUGUGUUCAGCCUGUCUUUCCUGAGGACAGCAGCCAGCGAGGUCAUCCAGACUUUGUCCUCACCGGUCUCCACGCCUGCGGUGACCUCAGCGCCACCCUCCUCCGCCACUUUGUCAACUGCCCGCAUGUGCGCGGCAUCACCUCUGUGGCGUGUUGCUAUAUGAAAAUCACAACCAGAGACUAUCCCAACCCUCCAGGACUGGUAGUAGCUCCACAGACGCCAGGCCAGGAUGCGCUUCCCUCAGAGUUCGGCUACCCGAUGAGCUCCUGGGUGGGAAGGCUGCCGGGACAUCAGCUGUCCUAUAAGGCGAGGGAGGGGGCGUGUCAUGCUGUUGAGGACUAUGCACGGAGGCUUCGGGAGGAAAGCGAGCUGCUGAGGACACACUGUUACCGGGCGAUGCUGGAGACCUUCAUCAGGGACACAAGGCCGGAUCUGCGCAGGGCAGGAAUCCAGACCAUAAAGAAAGCCCACUUACUACCAUUUACAGAGUACGCCCGUCUGGGUCUGGCUCGGGUCAGCCUGCCUCCCGGGUUGCCUCUGGAUCCGGAGCGGGUGGAGGCCAUGCUGAAGCAGCAGGGCAGGGUGGUGGUGUACUUCAGCCUGGCCCUGCUGCUGGCUCCUGUGGUGGAGACGCUGGUGCUGCUGGACAGGAUGAUCUACCUGCAGGAGAACGGUGUGGACAGCCAGCUGGUUCCUCUCUUCGACCCAAACUUUUCUCCAAGAAACUUUGUGCUGGUGGCUCUGAAGUCUCGUGUUUGAGGAGGAGACAAUGGGAAGUCCAAAAUCGAACUAUAUUGGUCACUUUUUGGUGGAAAAAGUCACCCGUACUUUUUGAGAAUGAAGAUUACGAAAAUCUAGUUCUCUUUUAAACAAUACAAGAAACUUAAAUCUUGAUUUUAUCCUCUGUUUUUAGAGAUUUUAAAUAAUGAACAUUAAGGGAACAUCAUUGUUUUGCCGACCUUUGGACAUCCUCUGACAUAUUUUCUUCCUGAAGGAGUACAUGUCUUUCCUACAGUGGAACUGUAAAGCUCUAAAAGCAUCUCGCUGUAACAAAGUGGGCACUCAGAUCUGCUUCCAUAAAUGAAAACUGAUUCAUUAGGAUUCAUCCAAAGUUCAUGUUUUUGUCAAAAUUCUGUACGUAGCAAAAUAGUAGUUUUUUUUAAAGUUUCAGUCUGGGAUUAAGUGUUGGAUUGACGUACGAACAGACAGUCUGCAUCACCAUCUCUACAGCCACACAACUAGCAUUGCUGAAAACACUGAAUAUUGUUACUGAUACCUUUUCGGUUACAUUGCACCUGGUUUUAUAAGGCAUGCUAUGUCGGUUAGACAACAGACAGACUGUGUAUUCAACAAACCUGUCCUACUCAAAUCCUACUCGAGUCCUGUUCUGCGAUACAUGUUGGAUAUUUCUGUCAUUAAAUGCAUUCCUUUCAUUAA